AUUACUUCCGUAUGUAUGUACCAUACUAUUGCACCAUACCUACUAACGUACUAUGCAAAACGAGCGAGGUACAGACCUUGUUGUGAGUAGAACGUUCUUCAAAAAGUGCCUUCGUACCGGUAGCAGCUUUUUUCGGGAAAAUGCUCGCAAGAAACGAUUCAUUCCCAAUGAAAUCGAACGAGAACCAUCGACACGACUAUCACGACUAUCACCCCCCGAAACCAUCUUCGAUAGCACCAACUCACAAAGAACGUAGYUUGUUGGUGGAGUCCCGGCUCCAUGGCAUACCGCAACAAGUACUGUAAGACCGAGAGAAAGCAGUCCUUUCCGUACAUAAAUGCGAGCAUCCAUCCUUCGAUUAUCGCCAUCGCCGCCAUCUAGAUUUUUCUCUGUGCCCUCUUCCCCGUCCACCUUUUCCUUCCCACCGUCUAAAACAGCAASGAAUCGRCUGGAGUCUAUCCAAACAAAGCGGUUCCUAACACUGGGACGAAACUCAUCUCGUAUAUUCCGAUCGAAGAUGACGAUGGACGGAAGCAGCAGCGGCGKCGGCACCGCCAGAACCCGUUCGGCKCGGRACGACGCGGCCCGUUCGGACCCCCCGGCGAUCGCCGACAUCGAAGACUUUCACGCCCUGCACGACGAAGCAAUGCGAAAGGCGGAGAGCACCUACAUCGACCCCUCCACGGGAUUUAUGGUGUUCACGGAACUCACGCACCUGAAGCGGGGCAAGUGCUGCGGGAACCGCUGCCGGCACUGCCCGUACGGCUUCGAAAAGGUCCGGCGGCCCGCUGCGAGGGGCUCGUGGAGGAGGAGGCGGGCGGCMGUGGGGAGCGACCCCGCUUSUGCUUCCGCCGYUUCGGUCGAACCGAUUCUCGAACCGAUACCGGGGGCACCCGUGGCCAAGCUGCGCUCGGGGGACAGGGAGAAGGCGCAAAACAUGGUGAGGGAGAUUCUCGAGCGGGCCGGGAAAUGGAAUCCCGGCGAAGACGGGGAGGAAAGCACCAGGGGAUCGAGCAACGCGGUUGUCGACAGCGACGAUGACUCCUCUUCUGCCUCGGAAUCGUCGUCCUCUUCCUGCUCGUCGUCCUCGUCCUCGUCUUGUUCCUCUACAGAAAGCGCAGCCCCGGUCACGACUGCCGUGRUCGAGGCUGCCAAGGACACCCCCGAUUCUUCCACAUCGACGAGCACGUCUGCAACCGCAUCUCUGAACAGCAGUGCCGAAAGCGACGGCGCUCCGGACGGCAACCGCCCGAACCCCCACGCAACAACAAACGCGCGAACCCAUGCACCCGCAACGACGACGACGAAAAACGUCCCCUAUACGCGGGGCGGCGACCAGGGCACGUCCCAGCUGGGAACGGGCGAGCGACGAUCCAAAACCGACGACGCCUUCGAGGCGAUGGGAUCGGUCGACGAGCUCUGUAGCUUUGUGGGCGUAGCCCAUUCGCACCUCCUCAACCACAGAACCACGAGGAUCCGCAGGGACACCGGGGUGUCGUACGGGGAAUUGCCGGUCCGGUUGCUGGACGUGAUGAGCCGGCUCUUUGACGUCGGCAGCCACAUUGCGAAACCGCAGCCGGCAAAGGAAUCCUGCAGCSACCACGCCGAACGGAAGCCGUCGGCCGUCUUUGUCCCCAACGGAAUCGGCGACGGCUUUGAUCCCAACCACGUCGACGACCUGGAAGACUGGAUCAACGAAAUGACGGAGGACCUCCCCGAGCUGACCUCCUUCAUCCUGCCCACCGGGGCACCGGCCUCGGCGGCCCUGCACGUGGCCCGCACCGUGUGCCGCCGUGCCGAGCGCCGGGUGGUUCCCAUCGUGACCGCCGGGACCUGCGAUCCGAACGCCCUGAGGUACCUCAACCGCCUGUCGGAUUUCUUCUUUGUGUCCGCGCGGUGGGUCAACUUYCGGGAGGGCCAGGAAGAGAUCGAGUACCGGCUGGACCUGUACGACGGCGAAAGCGGGGACGGCGACAGCGACGGCGAUGCGGGCGGCRUCCCGCKGCGUUCCGGCAGGACGGCCGCCUCUCACGACCAGCGCGGACGGGUCCAUCGCUCCCUGAACUAGGCAACACCACCGAGAUGUACAACAGCAGCAGCAGCAACAACAGCAGCAACAACAACAACAAUAACAACAGCAAUAGAACAUUUGGAGGAAUGACACGUAUUCUUUCUAUAAACUACUCUUUUUUAG